AUGAAUAACGACAUCAGGGGAGUGUUUGUAGCACAUGAACUGGUGGCCAACGCGAUGUGCAGUAGUAAUACAAGUAACAUUGAGUAUAUAAAAUUGUGCAACAAAUGUAAUAAGAUUACUAUUUACAGCGCCGAUUUAUCACUGACAGCAUUUGAAUCAGCCGCAUCAGCUUUUGCAUUUGACAUUAUAAAUAAAAACAUUAAUGACUCUAUAAAUUAUUCCGACAGCAUACCUCCCGUAGCAUCGAUGGAAAUUGAUAAAUUAUCUAAAACACUAGAUGUAUUAAACACAUUGGAUAACACUCACACAAAAGCGCUAGUAGAUGCUGUUAAAAAGUUUAAUAUUGUAGCACAUAAAUAUGCGAAUGAGAGGAUUUUAUAUGAGAUAGACCACCUAAAAGAUUCACAUAUAACAACGCUAUCCCUUGUAGUAUCUAGGCUAGUGAACUUGGGCAACGCCUAUACAACGCUUGGAUUGGCAUCUCUAGCAGAUCUAAUGGGCAGAAAGAGCUGCCAAUCCCUUACCCUGCUAGCAGAUCAAUUAUGCAUCAACACAUAUAAUAAUGCAGGUUCAAAGAGCCCAUCUAACAAGGUUAUUACCAAUAGAAACAAUAGCAACAGUCAUUAUAGGGGGAGUAUUGCAGAUGAAAUGAAUGUAAUCACUAGGAUAAUGGCCAACCGAAGCAAUGAUAUUGAGGAGAUGAGCGAGGAUGAUAUUUUUGAGAUUUCAAAGAUGGCAAACAUGGAUCUUCUACGGAAACUAUUACCAAAUUUAAUGAAUAUUUUACACAUAGACACAAAACCGUCGCUACAAAUGUUUAUAAAGGAAUUGUCAUUGUAG